AAUAGUUAAAAUCCAUUGGGCUUUAACUUAGUAUGAACAGAAGGUUGACCUUUAAACUCUCCCAACGAAUUAUGGGGGCUAGGCACAUUAGCUUUACGCCUGCCAAACCGCUUCUCGCUAGCGAAUUGAACCAACUGACUUUGGAUGCAAAGUAUGCCGUCAGAGGUAAGAUCCCCAUUCGAGCAGAUGAAAUUAGAAACCAUAUUGAAUCCAAUCCAAAUAGCCACGGCUUACCCUACGAUAGAAUCAUCAGCGCCAAUAUCGGCAACCCUCAACAAUUAGACCAAAAACCCUUGACCUGGUACCGCCAAGUAUUGUCGUUAUUGCAGUAUCCUCAUAUCUUAGACAAGGUCGACGCUUCUGUAAUCCACGAGUUAUUCCCUAAGGACGUGAUCGAAAGAGCCAAAACUAUCUUGGGUUCCACCGGAUCUAUGGGAGCAUACAGCCAUUCUCAAGGAGAUAGCUACGUGAGAAAGUCAGUUGCAAAGUUUAUUUCCGAAAGAGACGGAUACCCAGCCGACCCUCAAAGUAUUUUUUUGACAGGAGGUGCUUCUGCUGCUGUACAAUACUUGUUACAGAUUUUGUCUAGUGACAAGAACUCGGGCUUCUUGAUCCCAAUACCUCAGUAUCCUUUGUACACUGCUACCAUUGCUUUGAACAAUGCUGUGCCAAUUGGAUACUUUUUGGACGAAGCCAACAAUUGGUCAACAAAUCCUACUCAAAUUAGACAGUUAAUCCAUGAAAACAAUGCCAAGGGAAUCAACAUCAAGGCUUUAGUGGUGAUCAAUCCCGGUAACCCAACUGGUGCUAUUUUAACCAAAGAGGACAUCAAAAAUAUCAUUGAUAUUGCUGCAGAACAUGGUUUGGUGUUGAUUGCAGAUGAGGUUUACCAGGAAAACGUUUUUGAAGGAGAGUUUGUGUCAAUGAAGAGAGUGUUGAGUGAGUUGAACGAACAACACCCAGAAUUGUACUCCAAUGUGCAAUUGGCUUCUUUGCACUCCACCUCUAAAGGGGUGAGUGGUGAAUGUGGUCAAAGAGGUGGAUAUAUGGAGUUGGUUGGCUUCACUGAAGAAGUCAGACAGGUGGUUUUCAAAUUGGCUUCUAUUAACUUGUGUUCUGUUGUUUCUGGCCAGGCUUUGAUGGAGUUGAUGGUUAACCCUCCUAAGCCUGGUCAGGAAUCGUAUGAAGUAUAUCAUGCGGAGACCAGUGGUAUCCACAGUGACUUACAAGGGAGAUCUUCAUCACUAUACGCUGCCUUCAACAAAAUGGAGGAUAUCACUUGUAACAAACCAAUGGGUGCCAUGUACUUGUUCCCUAGAUUGAACUUUACAGAGGAGAGCUACCCUAAGUUGUACAAAGAUUCUGAUGACACUGGUGUGGUUGUGGAUGAGUUGUACUGUGUCGAAUUAUUAGAAAGCACUGGAAUCUGUUGUGUUCCAGGUUCUGGUUUUGGUCAAGUUCCUGAUACUUAUCACUUGAGAACAACCUUCUUACCUCCAGGUACAGAGUGGAUCGAAAGCUGGGCUAAUUUCCACAAAGAAUUUGUCAAAAAGUAUAAGGGUUAGAGAUGCUUUUUCUUGUAUUUAUUAUAACUUAUAUGAAUAUAUUCCGACAACUA